GCCAUGCCCCGCAACCACGGCGGCGGGGAGGAGGGAGGCUCGGCGGGGCUCUGGAUGAAGAGCGGCGCGGCGGCGGGCAUGAAGGAUGUGGAGUCGGGCCGGGGCAGGGCGCUGGCGAGCGCGACGGCCCGCGGCGACGGCCUGCUGCUCCUGGGCACCGGCGGCGCGGUCGCCCCCGCCGGGCUGCGGGAGGGCCGCCGCGGGAAGCACGGAGCCCGCAUGAGCCUGCUGGGGAAGCCGCUGUCGUACAGCAGCGGGCCGAGCUGCCGUAGGAACGCCAAGUACCGCCGGCUGCAGAACUACCUGUACAACGUGCUGGAGCGGCCCCGCGGCUGGGCCUUCGUCUACCACGCCUUCGUUUUUCUCCUUGUGUUUGGUUGCUUGAUUUUGUCCGUGUUUUCUACUAUUCCUGAACACACAAAACUUGCCUCUGGUUGUCUCUUCAUUUUGGAAUUUGUCAUGAUUGUUGUCUUUGGUUUGGAAUUUAUUAUUCGUAUCUGGUCUGCUGGAUGCUGUUGUCGAUACCGAGGAUGGCAAGGAAGACUGCGCUUUGCAAGAAAACCAUUCUGUGUAAUAGACAUCAUUGUUCUCAUCGCUUCAAUAGCAGUUGUUUCUGCAAAAACUCAGGGUAACAUUUUUGCAACAUCAGCACUGAGAAGUCUUCGUUUCCUACAGAUCCUUCGUAUGGUGCGCAUGGACCGAAGAGGAGGCACUUGGAAAUUAUUAGGUUCAGUAGUUUAUGCACAUAGCAAGGAAUUAAUCACAGCCUGGUACAUAGGAUUUUUAGUACUCAUCUUUUCAUCUUUCCUGGUUUAUCUGGUGGAAAAAGAUGCAAAUAACCAAUUCUCCACAUAUGCAGAUGCUCUCUGGUGGGGCACAAUCACAUUGACAACUAUUGGCUACGGAGACAAAACUCCUCUUACUUGGCUUGGAAGAUUGCUUUCUGCAGGAUUUGCUCUCCUUGGCAUUUCUUUCUUUGCACUACCUGCUGGCAUCCUUGGCUCGGGAUUUGCAUUGAAAGUGCAGGAACAGCAUCGGCAGAAACACUUUGAGAAAAGAAGGAAUCCAGCUGCCAGCCUAAUUCAGUGUGUAUGGCGUAGUUAUGCGGCUGAUGAGAAAUCGGUUUCCAUUGCUACCUGGAAGCCUCAUUUGAAGGCCUUGCAUACCUGCAGCCCUACAAAAAAAGAACAAGGGGAAGCUUCUAGCAGUCAAAAGCUAAGCUUUAAGGAGCGGGUCCGGAUGGCCAGCCCAAGAGGGCAAAGUAUAAAGAACAGGCAGUCUUCAGUUGGAGACCGGCGGUCACCAAGUGCUGACAUUGCCACUGAUGGCAGCCCUACCAAAGUCCAGAAGAGCUGGAGCUUCAAUGACCGAACCCGCUUCAGGCCCUCGCUGCGGCUGAAGAGCUCACAGCCCAAACCUGUGGUCGACGCUGACACCAGUCUUGGAACAGAUGAUGUUUAUGAUGAAAAAGGGUGCCAGUGUGAUGUGUCAGUAGAAGAUCUCACCCCUGCUCUUAAAACUGUCAUCAGAGCAAUCAGGAUUAUGAAAUUUCAUGUGGCAAAGAGAAAGUUUAAGGAAACGCUUCGUCCAUAUGAUGUCAAAGAUGUUAUUGAACAGUAUUCAGCAGGUCAUCUGGACAUGCUAUGCAGGAUUAAGAGCCUUCAGUCACGCGUUGAUCAAAUUCUUGGGAAAGGACAAAUCACAGCAGAUAAAAGAAGCAGAGAAAAGAAUCCUGCAGAGAAUGAGACAACUGAUGACCUCAGUAUGUUAGGGCGUGUAGUAAAGGUGGAGAAACAGGUACAAUCCAUCGAGUCAAAACUGGACUGUCUACUAGACAUUUAUCAACAAGUUUUGCGAAAGGGAUCUGCAUCUGCGCUCACUUUGGCUUCAUUUCAAAUGCCAGCUUUCGAGUGUGAGCAGACUUCUGAUUACCAGAGUCCAUCAGACAGCAAAGAUUUGUCCAAUUCUGCACAAAUCAGUGGAUGUGUAUCCAGAUCAGCUAGUGCCAAUCUGCCUCGUGGCCUACAGCUUAUACUGACACCAAAUGAAUUUAGCACUCAGUCUUACUAUGCUUUUAGUCCAGCUAUGCAUAGUCAAGCAACACAAGUGCCAAACGAUGGACCCACAACAGUCAAUAAUACAUCAAACCAAAUAAACCCGGCAACCAAGCCGACAACUCCAACAACAUUACAAAUACCACCUUUCUCAUCAAUGAAGCAUAUCAAUCGGCCUGAGCCCGUUCAUAUUAUUCCUGUAACCACACAGGAAAAUAUUUCCAAUGUCACCGCUUGCCUUGUUGCAUCAAAGGAUAACGGACAAGUUGCACAGCCCAGUGUGACGAAGGAUCUCUCAUGGAGAAAAAGUCUGGAUACAGAAGGGGAACCUUUGCUCUCAGUUAAACCUGUGGCACAAAUGGAUUUAGGAAAAUCUUUAUCUGUACAGAAUCUUAUACAAUCAACAGAAGAACUGAAUGUACAGAUUGCUGGCAGUGACUCCAGCAGUUCCAGAGGUAGCCAAGAUGUAUACUCCAAAUGGAGGGAGUCAAAAUUAUUUAUAACUGAUGAAGAGUUGGAGACAGAGGCAGGAACAGAGACUACUGAAGCCAUCUCGCGCCCGUUAGUGGAAACAACUCUCUCUGCUGACUCUCUAAGGACUGGAAUAUCAAGAUCAUCUCAAAGCAUCUGCAAGCCAGGGGACGGUACAGAAGCACUCAAUCUGCUCCACGUCAAACUUAAGUAACAGCUUGUGGGCUUUCUUCAUUGGCUGGGUCAUUCCUCUAGUCAUACAUAUCAUAGCAUGAACUGUUUUGAAAGCCUUUUUAAUAAGAAACAAUCACAAAAAUCAGGAUGAAUCUGCAAAGCAGUUGAAUGAGCCCAUAUCUCCUAGUUUGCAUGAAAAUGCAUGUUUAAGUGAUGGCUAACAUUCAAGUUUACACCUACAGUACGGCAGCCUUUCAUGUAGUACAGUAGGUUUAAAUGAUGAGUUGCCUACAAAGCUAAUGCUGCAGGAUGUAUCAAAAAGCAAAAAUCUGAGCAUUUAGACCUAAUGCCGUUUCUACAGGGCAGAAGUAAAAAUCUUAAGGUUUAAAGCACUUUGCUUCUGAACUAAUUAAAUAUAUAUGUGUAUAAUGUCCGGAUUUAGAUGAUAGUUUAUGUUUACAACUGAAAAAAUUAUCUACAGCUGCUAGCAAGGUACCAAGGGAAACAGUAGUUGGGGAUUAGAAAUGGCUGCCAGUUGAAAGAUACACACAUUAGCUCAUCAGUAUUCAGUUAUUUUUAACUCUGAAAAACAGUAUGUUAACAUCCAACCGAUUUUGGUGAUUUAGUGCUGUGGCAAAAGUACUUGGCACACCAAUACCACGUCGUUCUUUCUAACAAGAACAUUAUUUUGCUAAGAAAAGUUUGUAUUUUAAGGAUAGGGACUGGCCUCAGAAGUGGAUAACGUGGGUGACUGCACUAAAAAUUCAGGGAGAUCUCUCCUUCCAGUCUCAUGGAGGAGCUAUCUUGUGAAUCUGAAACAUUUUGGCAGCAGUAGGUGACAGAAGGAAGCAGGCGCUGCCUUUAUUGUAGAAGCAAUAUUUCCCUCUGUGGAGAUUUUGGCAAUUUUCCUUGCAGUCCCAAACUGAUACCAUGACAGCACUUCAUAAGGCUAGGAAAAGAGGGAAACUGAGGAACUGAAAUACAGCUUAAAAUUAUAGAGAACAGAAGAGGGAGGAGAGAAAGUCAACACAAUCAAUGAAAAAAAAACAACCAAACAAAACGAAAUGAAACAUGGAUUUAGGUGGGAGGAAGGGAAAUGAUCCCAGAAAAUAUAAGGAAGAUAAAGAGGCAAAAAUUUAUUUUUUUGUUUUAAAUCCAGCCUGUCAGUCACCAACAUUGAGUGCUAUUUCCAAAAGAAUAAGAAGCCAUAUAGGCAAUUAGAAAUGGAAAUAGAAGUAGGGAAGACCACCUUAACUUAAACAAACAAAAAAAACCCACCUCAAACUAAAACCAAAACUGAGGGCUAGGGAUUUCUUGUUUGGCUGGUUUUGUUUGUUUGCCUUUUAAAUAAAAGGGGAGGAGGAGAGAGGGGAAAGUGGUCACACUUAUAGUUCAACACUGUGUCCCAAGUGCAGUCAUUUCUUGUGAACUUUCCAAGAAAGGUCCUUCAGACUCCUUCCUUCAGAUUCAAUGCCUACAUCAGGUUGAGCAUUCCUGCUUGAUACGUCUUCUUAUUUUUUGGUAUCCUAACCAGGAGCAGGAGCAGUGUUAGUGCCUAUCUGCACAUCCCCAGCAAGGCUUUGCUACCAGGAGAACCCUUGCGGGGGCCUGAACGGGCUUUCGCUCUUCCCAGCUGAAUGAGGAUUCUGUGUGUUGCCUCCCCCAAGAUUUACAUCCCACCUGCACCACAGGCAUGUAGACAACCCGACGGGCUCAGCUUCACUCUAGCAGCAGGAACACCGAAUGUAUGGGGGUGCCAGUGCCAGCUCACUCAGGGCAGUGUUUUCUUGAGGCCCAGAACCUGCUGGGAACUUACUAUCAUCAAAAAUGUCACUCCAGUCUUAACCAUGGCUAAAUGCUGUAGAUUGUAUUGUGAAGGACUUGAUCUGUUUACUAUGAAACCAUUGUAAUUUCAGCUUCCGUAUUUCCUUUACAGAAGUAUUCCUGGAUGUUACAUGACAACCUUAUUAUGUGAAAGUACAUGCAAACUGUAGAGUGUAUAUAUUGUGUCGUUAUACGGGGUCCACAGAUGGUACACUGUGUUCCAUGGCUUACGCCAGAGCAAACUUCAGCUGUUAAAUCCUGAAAGACACCUUGAAGCACAAUUUCUUCACCACUGCUUUGCCAUAUAAUUCACCACAUUAAGCCUUUCCUGCUUUUAUGUGCAGUCCGACCAUGCUAAAGCCUGAUGACAACAGUAGUUUUGUGAGGAUAAAUAGGGAUUUUUUUCCACAUCUCAGCUCAUUUAACUAGUAACUUAUUUCUCUGCAGUCUAUCCAGACAGAUCUGUAAGUCUGAAGCGCUAUCCAAAAUAUAAAAUCUUACAAGUGGGGUUUUUUUUAGGCUUUUCUUCCUUUUUCCUAACCAUUUAUGGUGCCUUUCUUGCCUCAUAUGAAGCCUCUCCUGGGCCUAAGUGUAAAUCUGCACUUAGGUUCAGUUAAGGAGCAAGAGAUCAGGCACAUGGCAACUGUGUGCCUGUAAUGAAACCCCCUUCUCCUCCUUGACGAGAACAAAAAAAACAAGGCAUCAUGAAUUGGACACCACUCCUCCACCUUUGUCUGCACAAGCAGAUGGUUUUGCACCCUCACUGAGCCCGGAAGGCAUCAGUGGGAGAACUAAGCACUGGCCCUGCCUGUACCGAGUCCGCACAGGAGCGGGGCCUUGGGUUUUGCUGAUAAUUUAUCUCACGGAAACUUGGUAUUUUUGCCUUAAAUGAUGUGCUUGAGUCCUCCUAAUUUUAACUUAAUUUAUUUAAUACAAUU